CUGGGCAUCCUUCUGGCCGGCUACGCCGACCGGCUGUGGCCCCCGCGGCGGGCCGCCCCGCUGGCCGAGCCUCCCGCCGCCCCCCCGGCCGCGGACGAAGCCCCGGUGCUCAGGCGGCGGCGGCGGUCCAGCUCCAUGAUCUCCCCCGAGAUGUCGGGCGGCGGCGGCAGCAGCGGCAGCAAGACCCACCGGAGGACCUCGCUGCCCUGCAUCCCCCGGGAGCAGCUCAUGGGGCAUUCUGAAUGGGAUCACAAACGAGGACCCAGAGGCUCACAGUCUUCUGGCACCAGCAUCACGGUGGACAUCGCUGUCAUGGGAGAAGCACACGGGCUCAUCACAGACCUCCUGGCCGAUCCUUCGCUGCCCCCCAACGUCUGCACCUCGCUGAGAACAGUCAGCAACCUGCUCAACACACAGCUGACCUUCCAGGCCAUCCACAAGCCAAGGGUGAAUCCCUUGGUGUCCUUCAGCGAGAACUACACCUGCUCCGACUCAGAGGAGUGUCCGGAGAAAGGAGAGAAGCUAGCAAUUCCCAAGCGCUUACGGAGAAGUUUGCCUCCAGGACUGCUGAGAAGAGUGUCCUCAACCUGGACCACAACGACAUCAGCCACAGGACUGCCCACUCUGGAGCCAGCUCCAGUGAGGAGGGACCGCAGUGCCAGCAUCAAACCCCACGAAUCUUCUUCAUCCAGCUCUGACUCCUGGAACAGCUCCAUUCUGAUGACAAUCACGAAGAGUAGAUCCUUCUCCACCUCCUACGCCGUGUCCUCUACCAACCACCUGAAUGCCAAAAGGCAGAGCCGUCAAGGUAUCCCACCAAAUAUUUCACCUCUCACCUCCCCGUGCCAUUCACCGAUUCAGGGGACGCCAGCCACGAGUCCUACUGGAAAAACAUCUUCUGUGUCAUUUCCAGAGCCUACAGACACUGACACCAAGCAGGGCCUAAAGCCACACAAAGUCUUAACUUCUACUCAGAGUGCACCUAGCCUGUCAGACCCUGUUAUCAGCCCCUCCAUCAUCUGCAGCAGCUGUGGCAGACCCUACAACCAAAUAGAAGCUGGCAAUGGGACACUAAAUAGAAAUGAUGCUACUACGCACACCCUGAACAGAACAGAUGAUGCUGCUCAAGCCACUUCUGACUACGAGACCAACAACAGCGACAGCAGUGACAUCGUGCAGAACGACGACGACACGGAUUGCUCCAAGGAGCAGCCACGGAAGGGAUCUGGCUGUAGGUCCUACACACCCGAGACCAUCAUCCUGCAUCCCUUGACACCACCUGAGGACAAGCCUGUACUGGCUCCUGAGCCUCUGGUUAUGGACAACUUGGAUCCCUUGAUGGAGCAGCUAAAUAGUUGGAACUUCCCAAUCUUUGAUUUGGUGGAAAAAAUUGGGAAGAAAUGUGGUCGGAUUCUCAGUCAGGUAUCAUACAGGCUUUUUGACGACAUGGGGCUGUUUGAAACCUUUAAAAUACCAGUGAGGGAAUUUAUGAACUACUUUCAUGCCUUGGAGUGUGGAUACCGAGAGAUACCUUAUCACAACCGAAUCCAUGCCACUGAUGUUCUACACGCCGUGUGGUACCUCACAACCCAGCCCAUCCCAGGACUCCCAACUGUGAUCAAUGACCACGGCUCAGCAAGUGACUCAGAUUCUGACAGUGGAAUCACUCACGGCCACAUGGGAUAUGUGUUUUCAAAGACAUACACACCUACAGACGACAGCUACGGAUGCCUGGCUGGCAACAUCCCUGCCCUGGAGCUCAUGGCUCUUUAUGUAGCUGCAGCCAUGCAUGAUUAUGAUCACCCAGGAAGGACCAAUGCCUUCUUGGUAGCAACGAGUGCUCCUCAGGCGGUGCUGUACAACGACCGCUCCGUGCUGGAGAACCACCACGCUGCUGCUGCCUGGAACCUCUUCAUGUCCAGGCCAGAGUACAACUUCCUGGUCAACCUGGACCACGUGGAGUUCAAGCAUUUCCGCUUCCUCGUCAUCGAGGCCAUUCUGGCUACUGACCUGAAGAAGCACUUUGAUUUCGUUGCCAAGUUCAACGCCAAGGUGAACGACGAUGUUGGAAUUGACUGGACCAACGAGAACGACCGCUUGCUGGUUUGUCAGAUGUGCAUCAAACUGGCUGACAUCAACGGGCCUGCCAAGUGCAAGGACUUGCACCUGCAGUGGACAGAAGGCAUCGUCAAUGAGUUUUAUGAACAGGGUGAUGAAGAGGCCAGCCUGGGCCUGCCCAUCAGCCCUUUCAUGGACCGCUCCGCUCCUCAGCUGGCACACCUCCAGGAAUCCUUCAUCACUCACAUCGUGGGACCACUCUGCAACUCCUACGACUCAGCAGGGCUGAUGCCAGGAAAAUGGAUAGAAGAGAGUGACGAGUCAGGAGACACUGAUGAGCAAGAAGAGGAGGAAACGGCAGAAAUGGAAACUUGUGAAAACGCCGAAUCCAGAAAGAAGAAGUUCAAGAGGAGGAAAAUCUACUGUCAGAUCACUCAGCACCUGCUUCAGAACCACAAGAUGUGGCAGAAAGUGAUUGAGGAUGAGGAGAGGUUAGCUGGGUCAGAGAAGCAAGGCACGGAGCAAUCCCCACUGCACCAAUCUUCAGAACAAAUCCAGGCCAUCAGGGAAGAGGAGGAAGAGAAAGGGAAGGCCAAGAAGGAUGAAGAGGAGAACACAACUGUAGAACCAAACCAAUGACAAUAUUUACAGCAGUAUUUUAAGACAGAUUGACUCGUGCACAGACUCUUUCUCAAGCCAGCACAGCAUUUAGACACAACACUGUAGAAGUAUGGGAUAAUGCGCCUACAGCUGUUUAAUUUGUUUCUCUUUCCUUUUUAUGGUGAGGUACAUUGUUUAAACUCCUAUGCUCAAGGAAGCUUUCACACUGCAACACCGGCUUUACAGACUUUCUUUGAAGAGAUUUGGGGGUGGGUGGAAUUAUAUAAAUAUAUAUAUAUAUACUUAGCCAGGGUUAUUGGCUGCACACUUCAGCAAAAUACAUUUAAUGAUAUAUUAUGGUCACUGUGAUAUUUACAGGAGAAAGUUAUCUGAGGAAAUGCUGCUUCUGAAGCACAUUUGCAGUUAACAGUAAGGUACCAGUUAAGUAGCUUUUUGCUCUUAAUGCUGAGGGAUAAAAGUUCCAAAGCUUUAUAUGAAUGCUGAUAUAUCCUGCCAAACACAUAUGUGUGAGCGAGGGGGUGUUUGCAAGUGUGAGUGGAUGUGAGGAAAUACAGCAUGGUCUGAGUUCUUACCACACCAGCUGUAGCACACGUCCCAGCACACCACAACAAACAGAAGGCCAGAACUGUAGAGAAUUCGUGCCUGCAAGGGAACAAUUUUGAGGAGCUUUGCUUUCCCACAGCCCUCCAAUCCCAGUUUGCACUCCAGCUGCGGGCAGCCUCCAUUCAGCAGCAGCCCAGGCGCUGCUCUGGCCCUACCCAGCUGCGCUGGCAUCACCUCCUCCUCCUCCUCCUCGGCACCUCCCGGACUGCUGGCGAAAGGGAUGUGCCAGGAGGGUUUUUGGCAAAGGGGGGAAGUGCAUGGCACAGCAAUCUGUGCCCCUGGAGAAGGCUGGCCCUGCCUGCACUCGUGCAGGGUGGACGGCAGCGCGGGGCCCUCUUCUGCCCUCACCCCCUGCCUCUGGGCAUCUCUGACCAAAUGUGUCAUUGGAGAACAAAGCUAAACUGCUGGGAGGCAAAAGAAGGGAGUGUGGGGGCCAGGGCCUUCCCCAGAAGAAGGCAAAGGGUGCAUUAGGAGCUGCAGGGGACAGGAGCCAGUCCUGCGUGGGCUGGGCACUCAGUGUCCCAGGACCUCACAUGGGCUUCAGAGAACCUGGGUUUUCAGUGUGAGGUGCUGCAUGGGAGCAGUUUGUUGCUGGCAUUCUGCUUAGGAGCAGCAUGUUUGAUCCCACCAAUAUAUUUUUCCUUCUUUCUUUUCUUUUCUUUUCUUUUUUUUUUUUUUAACAGAAAGAAAAAGAUCGGGCCUGUAAGAACAGCAGAUCUUUUUUGUUGUUGUUGUUCUGUUCAUUUGUUUUCUCUGUUGUUUAUGCUGUGAGCCAAAUGUCUAUUUAAAAGGUUGGAUAUUCACUUUCAAUAUUUUAUUUCACGAUAUAUUUGUCAAUGAUUAGCUAUCUAGAUGUAAAUAUGGAAAAAUUUUUAUGGGUUCCUGUAGAUAAUGAUAUCUUUAAGAAAACAAAAAGAAAAAGAAAAAAAGGGAAAAGUUGUUUUGUAAAGAUAAUUUUUUAAGAAAUAAAUACAAAAACAUUUUUAUACAGUGUAGCCAUUUCCAAACCCCACAAACAAAGUCUUGAUAAAUCUGUACAGACCCUUCUGGGAAGCCAGCGGUCUACAGGAUCAAGGCUUUAAAAUAUUAAUGCUCUUGGGGACUGGCAGCACCAAGCAGUACCCCACAAUUCAGAGAUUUGUUCCUACAGAAAGAGUUAUACAUAUAAACUUCAGUAUCUCUCAGAACUCCUUUGACUAUGUAUGCUUUUUCUAUUUUGAUUCUGCAAUCAGUUGAAGAGGGUUGCUUGUGAGAGUGAGAUUCCUUGUGAAAGGCAGAGUUUGUAGAAGUCAUUUCUGUGUUGGAUUUCUGACAUUGCACCCAUCGCUUUUUGCUAUUGUUACACGUUCACCAAAUUUCAUGAUCCUGUUGACACCUCCCCAAAAUGUUGGAAAACAUUCUCUGUCAAAGCCAAUCACAGGUGUGCUGUCACUUCAGAGUUCCCCCUUGCUUUGCAUUUCUGUCAGAAUGAGGUUUUGCUCAAAAGAGGAUUUGGGGUUUUUGCUGAUUGCAUUUUCCUGAUAUUGUCCUGUCCUCCUCUUGCCAGUGGAAAAUGUGUUUGCCUUUCAGCAGAGUGACUGGGCAGGUUCUGAAUGCUCUCAUCAGCAGGAAUAUUUAGGAAGUGUUUUCCAGUGAAAUCAGGAAUGCAAAGAUCCAAAUCGCACUGCUUUUUUAAAGGGAGAGGACAAGGCAGAAUUCAUUCAAAAGAAAAAAGUUGGCUCCAAGACCUCAGCAAGUCUCCACCAAUACCAGCUUGCAUUGUUUUCAUAUCUCUUCAGUCACUUUGAUCAUUUUAUUUGGGCUUUUCUUGUAUAAGUAAAAUGCAUACCUUAUAGUAUGAGAAGGCUUUAUUAUGCCUCAUUCUAUCCUUUAAAAAUGAAAUUUACAGAGAUGCUUUAAAAUGUCACAUCUCCAAGCACUUCUUUCUCAAUUUUCAGUGCAUAAUCACUGCAAUUGGAUUUUAAUAUUGGGGUUUAUAUUGCUUUUGCUGAAAGAGGAAAAAAAUUCUAUUGCAGCAAGUGUUAGUGGGUGC